AUGGUAGUCCAAUCGAGUGAGUCCCACCCCAAUACACCAUUGGCCAAAAACACCAGCGGCAGGAAUACUGAUAGUCCAGACGCCACAGCUGACAAUGAGUCUCUGCGCUACAUCCCACACAGGACCUUAGAGACAUGGAGGGAGAGGGACUACCUCAUUGUGUUUGGCAUCCCAUCUGUGGAUAUUAAUUCGAGACGGAGACGCCGUGAUCUGCAGCGGACCACGUGCUGGCAGUUCCCCGGUGUUGCACGGAGGGCGAAUAACUUCACUGGUGACAUGUUG